AUGCUUCCAUUUACAUAAUUUCCUCCAUUCUUCUAAUGUAUUGUAAAAUUAUUAUAUUAGACUCUUAAACUUACAAUUAUCCAUACACAUAUAUGGAGCAAUUCAACUAAUUUCAACAAUAUUUCUACAUCAAUAAUUACCUGUUCUAAAACAAUCAGUAAGCUUAAUCAACUAACCUACUUUUUGAAGGUUAUAAACAACAUACUUCAAUUAUCAAACAAGAAAAUUCUGUAAUAUAGGAACAAUGCCUUAUACAAUAGUCUAAAUUUGAACCAGUAGAAAUUGUGAAAAACCUUGAAAACAUUAAAUCACCUCUACUCUUGAAAAAAAGACCUAAAUUAUAGUUCUCCAAUAAUAAGGGCAAAGGAAAAAAAUCAACAAAAAGAAAGUUAUAUAACAUAGGUAAUAUUUUUAGUUUGAUUUUUUUAGGUCAUUGGACAACUAAGGAGCAUAAUUUGUAUUUAAGCUUUAGAGAAAUCAAUAAAGAGAUAAUGUUAGAUUCAGACCUCAAGAAAUAGAACAAAAUAUUUAAAUAAAUGUCUAAUUUUAUAAAGACUAGAUAACCUAGUCAAUGUAGAUCUCAUCAUCAAAAGUUUGGCCCUAAUAAUUCAACCUCAAACAAUACAUCCAAUUUUAUAGAAUACUAAAAUUUUGGAAAUCAUGAAUGA